CUCAAUUUUCACACGACAGUCUUCAAAAAAAACCCUGUGCGUUUGCCCUCCUCUUUGGAGCCGCGCCUUCUGUGUUUGCAAAAACUUUUACGCGUAGUUCAAACACACUACAUACAACUCUCACGACCUUGUUUCUCGAGAGCUUCCUCUUUCGAAGAACUCACCAGCAGCAUCUUCAAAAUGGCGCCGCGUGGAAGGACACCCGCGAAGAGCAUGAAGAAGUUCAACCCGCUUACCAUGUACCCGCCCAAGUCGUACGCAGCGACGGUCCGGAUUUUCUGCGGUAAGUACGCCUACCGGGCGGCCUGCGUCUGCAUUUGGGGGACGCACUUCCCCUUGGCCCUGUACCUGCUGUACGGCGUCUUUGUCAGCAAGGACCUCAACCCCCUGCCUGACCUCCUGGAGGGCUGCCUCAUGCUGGGCAUCGCCGUCGCCACGUUGUCCGCACACAUCAUGAGUAUACUGUUUUUUUAGUAGGAGGAGGAGAUAUACAUGUUCAUCUUCAUCAUGAUAUGCAAUAGUACCUGUCGAACUCGAGUUCUUUAAGAAGUUCUGCCUUGUCGUUUCUGUAUUCGGGUAUUGAAAGUGAGGGCUAUGAGCCCGUGCAUCCUUUACCUUGGUCGCGUCUAAAGUGUGACGAAAACAAACUCAGACACCAUGCGAGCGGGGAAGCAUGUCGCGUGCCUGACCGGGAUGGUCUACCACUUCAUCACCGCCUCCGCGUGCACCUCCUUCCGACUGAAGCGGGCGGUAUCGCAAGAAAAAAGUGUUACAGUUACACAUAGUGUUGCAGGCAUAGCAAGACAGACAAGGUCUGUCAUGCCGGAUAUGCAUAGGGGCGUUGUUUCAUAUGUGUUUUCCCGUAGGAUUUCUGCAAUGCAAGUUUUCUCUCUCAUGCAGAGAAAUUUGUGUUGCUGAAUUGACAACAAAUGUGUGACUGUAACACUUUUUUCGUGUGAUAGGCGGACCAGUUUACCUAUUGCCGCGCCAUCGACGCCCGGAUCAUCAACUCGUUGGGCAUGUACGACUACUUGCAAGGUACGACUAUACUUGGCUUUAUUGCAUAGUUCAGAACGUGAACGAAUGACAGUUAGACAAGGAGUUUUUCUUUAUCAGCACAAAAAUAAAAAAAGCUCGUCGGGGUUCAUCGCGAUCUUUAAAUUCCUAACCGUGUCAACCAAAUUUUGAUUUAUGCAAAACUUCUUUGUGUCCUCCUCCUCGUACGGUAUAAAAACUAAUAAACAAACUGCAGGUGACGGCGGUCUCAUUGCGUUGUUCAAAAUGUUCACGUGCGUCAUGUUGGCCGUCUCGAUGUACAACGCCGGCGGACCGGGCAUGCAGAAGUUUCUGAACAACUCGAUUUAAGCACGGACAACAAACCUUGUGCUUCCGGAAGAUGGACUUUUGGUAACACUAACAACCAACUGCAAAUGCCCAUUCUACGAAAUUUGAAGCUCUAUCCUGUUUUAGCAGGUAGAGCACAGCUUCUAUACCGGGCCUCCCGCCUGGGGUUGUAAGAUUGCUAUGUACACUACUCUUCCAUAGUACCAAAAAAGCUAGAGCUGCAUCUUCAUCCUUUUUGAGCCUAACAGUCAGUACCCUUUUCUUGCUCCUGUUGACAAAUCCGCAUACCCUUUUUGACUAUUAUUCAACAUGACUAUUCCACGCACGAUAGUUUGUCUCCGAGUCAGCCUUCUUGUACCAUAAGUAUAAAUCUUCACUGCAGCGCUCAUGAUUUUGAUUCCUCACUGCUUUUUCGUGUUUUGCGCAUUUGUCAGUUUGCCUCUAUGUAGUUGUCCUCUUCAUGAUGAUAAUAAAUAGGUUCCACCUAUCGCUUGUACUUGUUGUAGGUAAGCGACAGACAACCGUGUAGUCGAAAGGCAAUGGUUCGAUCAAGCGAAAACGGAUUUGACAGCAUCUUCAAGGCGACUGCAGGCUUGAUUAAGUUGAAAUUUGAUCGUCUCAUUGGUGUUGGUCGUCCUUAGCAUCCGA